GGGAUAUUUUUAUUUUGUUAAAUCCCGAGUAUUUUAGGGGUAAUCUAUGGAUUAUUUAAAGAAAGUGAGAUUAUGGAGUGAGGAAGAAGUGGGAGAAUGGCUUGAGUCGAAUAAUUUUGGAGAUUAUAUGGAUAUUUUUAAAGAAAACAAUAUUAAUGGAGAUAUUCUAUUAGAAUGUAAUGCGGCGGUGCUGAAGGAGCUUGGUGUUAAGAAACUAGGGGAUCGUAUUAGGCUUUCUGUGUGUAUUAAGGGAUUAAGGGAGAAAUGUAUUGAAUCGGCAAGAAAAUCGAAAAUGAGCUUUUUAAUGAUAGAUAAUCAGAUACAAGGGUUUUCAUUUACAUUACAGAGUCCUACGGAUCCUUUAAUUCCGGUUAAAUCGAGUGAAUUAGCGUCGCCGACAUCAAAUUUCCAACUUGAUAAUUCAUAUAGCGAUGCGUGUUGUUUUGAUUCAUUAAACAAUUUCCAUUCAGUUCUUUCUAAUAUAUCAUGUUCUACUAAAAGUAUAAGUAGAAAUUCAUCUAUUAGUACACAAAAAGUUUUUGAAAAAUCACCUAUAUUUCUUGAGACAAAUGUUAUGCAAUCAGAUUCCAUUAAAAAGAAUUGUCUUAAAUUUAUUGGAGAAAAAGGGCAAACUCGAAUUGUAAAUAUUAGUCUUUGUUAUACGGCAGAUGCUAUUUUAUCUAAGGCGCUUAAAAAAUUCAAUAUAACAGAAAAUCCUAGUGAAUGGAGAGUUUUUAUUACGAAUGAAGAUGGAUCAUUUGAAUGUAUUUCUAAUGAUACGCUUUUGACCAUUUCUCGUCAAUUAUCAAGGCCAGAAAGAGAGCGACUUAUUUUAAAAAGAAAAAGUGAUCCAUUAACACAAGAAGAAUUUAAAAAAUCACAAACGAUUGCGAGAGAACAACGAGAUGCUAUAUAUCAUACAGCUGUAAUGGCAAAAACGUCAGGUAACUUGAGAAAAUUGGAAACAUUUUUUGGAGAAAAACUUGCUCCGACACUUACAUCAUCUUUUACUACACCAUUACCUUCACCAUUACCGAAAGAUAAUAAAUAUGGGAAUAUAACACAUAUAAGAAAUUUUUUUGGUCAGCGUCCUCCUAGCGAACUUAUUAAUUCAAAUUUAGCAGAGUAUUUUCCUGGUCAUGAGAAAAAAGUUUUAGAACAAACAAUUAAAAAUUCUAUUAAAUCUAAUCAUUUAAAUUCUUUUAAAGGAUCAAAUUUCGACACACCUAGUUCUACUUUAACAUAUGAUCUUUCAUCUAUUCCUGCAGUAGGUGAAGAACGGAUUCAAUAUGAAGGCCGAAGAUUAUCAGGAGUUAGUCAUACACUUUCUUUAUCACGUUUUAUUUCUACUCGAUUUCCUACAUUACUUGAAUCAUCUAUUUUAAGGGAAAAUAGUUCUCAUCAUACAUUAUCUUCUUCAUCAAAAUUGAAUUCAGAAGGUAACACACAAGAUAGCAAACCUAGUUUUCGAAAAAAGUUAGAAGAAAAGGCUUCUUCAGAUGAAACGUUUAAAUCAGAAUCACCUAAUAUGUUAAUGGAGCCUUCAAUACUUUCAGAUUUUUAUGAUGCAAGUUUGGAAACAGAUAGAGAUCUCUUGGAUGAUAAUAUUUUUGAAAAUAAUGAAGCUAAAGACUUUAAUACUGAAAAAGAAAUAGAAAAUAAUAAUAGCGGCCCUACAAGAUGGAUUAAGGGUGCUUUAAUAGGAAGCGGAUCUUUUGGAAGUGUAUUUUUAGGAAUGAACGCUUUAAGUGGAGAAUUGAUGGCAGUAAAACAAGUUGAAAUACCGUCUAUUGAUAUUCAAGGAUGUAAAAGAAAAAGGGCCAUGUUGGAUGCCUUACAAAGAGAGAUUUCACUACUUAAAGAAUUGCAUCAUGAAAAUAUAGUUCAAUAUCUUGGAUCAAGCAUGGACGAAACACAUUUAACCUUCUUUCUUGAAUAUGUUCCUGGGGGAUCCGUUACUGCAUUAUUAAAUAAUUAUGGGGCUUUUGAAGAGCCUUUAAUUAGAAAUUUUGUGCGACAAAUUCUUAAAGGAUUAAACUAUUUACACAACAAAAAAAUCAUUCAUAGGGACAUUAAGGGUGCCAAUAUUUUAGUUGAUAACAAAGGAGGAAUUAAAAUAUCAGAUUUUGGUAUAUCUAAAAAAGUUGAAGCUAACCUAUUAUCUAUGACAAGAAAUCAACGCCCAUCUCUACAAGGAUCUGUUUAUUGGAUGGCACCUGAAGUUGUAAAACAAACUUUAUAUACCAGAAAAGCCGAUAUAUGGUCACUCGGCUGUUUAAUAGUAGAAAUGUUUACAGGAAAACAUCCUUUUCCGAAAAUGAAUCAAUUACAAGCCAUAUUUAAGAUUGGACAAUACGUUUCCCCUGAUAUACCAGAACAUUGUACUUCAGAAGCUAGACAUUUUUUAGAAAAAAUAUUUGAGCCAGAUUAUCACGCACGACCUACUGCAGCAGAUUUACUUAAAUAUAGUUUUUUAGGACCUAUGGUUUCUAGUCCUUUGACUGAUGCAAAAAAAUAAUUAUUUUUUUCUAUAUUCUUUUCUUAAUGUAUACAUUUUUAGGUAU